GUGCUGCAAUACUUAGGAUUCCCAUCUUGUACGGAGAGGUAGAAAGACUGGAGGAAAGUGCUGUGACUGUUAUGUUCGAUAAAGUGCAGUUCAGUAAUAAAUCUGCCAACAUGGACCACUGGCAACAAAGAUUUCCUACUAACGUCAAGGAUGUAGCAACUGUUUGCAGACAACUAGCAGAGAAGAGAAUGCUGGACCCAUCAGUAAAAGGAACAUUUCACUGGUCUGGCAAUGAACAGAUGACUAAGUAUGAAAUGGCAUGUGCAAUUGCAGAUGCUUUCAACCUUCCCAGCAGCCACUUGAGACCAAUUACUGAUUGUCCAGUUGUGGGUGCUCUUCGUCCGAGGAAUGCGCAGCUAGAUUGCUCCAAGUUGGAGAUGCUGGGGAUAGGUCAGAGGACGCCAUUUCGAGAUGGGAUCAAAGAAUCGCUUUGGCCUUUCCUUGUUGAUAAGAGAUGGAGACAGACAGUCUUCCAUUAGUUUGUAACUUUUUUAGUAAAAGUAUGGUAUGUGGCACUUUUUUAAAAGAAAAAAAUAGUUUUGUAUGAGUGUUCUUAAAUUGUGACAUUUAUGAUUCUGAUUUAAUCAGGUAAACAUAUGGUUUUGCACUAGUGAAAUUGUUAGCCUAAAAAAAGUUCAGUGACAAAAACUGAGCCUAUUUGAUGUCAUGGAUCUUUCCUUCCAUUCGUACCUGUCUAACAUAAUAUCUGUUCCUAGCGGAUUAUGGUUCUUGGUAGUCAUUUGAUGCUAAGAAUGACUCAGAUCACUUGUAGACUUACUUUUGGCUGAAAUACGUUGUUGAUGCUUAAGGUCUGUGCCAUUGUUGUAUAUACCAUUUCUCUUCAUUAAAAGACAUGGUCACUUACUUUAUCACCAAAAAUCUGAGGUUUUGUUUUUAACUUCUGAAGGUGGUGUUCUUAUGAAGUUAAACUGAAGUAGGAAUCGUUAAAUGUUUGUUUUGCUUGAGCUCUGAUCACAAUGUUUUUUAAAAAAGUGAAACUUUAUUUUUGCAAUUAUCAAGUGUACUUUUUAUGCUUGAAAUAUUUUCAGAAUGUUCUGUAAUUUGAAUGCCUGAAGCUUCACGUUUGUACAGUAAGUUGUAUGCAUUUGUUUUAAUGGUGACAUAAAAAAGCUAGAAGAGGGUGGGUAACAAGUAGUAGUGACCUGGGGUUUUUUUGGGUGGGAGGGUGGGAGUUGGA